AUGGUUCAAAACUGUGCAAUACUUGGCUGUACUGCUGAUUCCAGACGAUGCAAAGGCCUAACUUUCCAUUCGCUACCAAAAGAGGAUAAAAACAAAGAAUGGAGAGAGCAAAUGAUACGGAUAAUAAAUCGAAGUGAUAAGAAUUUCAACCCAGAUAAAAUAAAAUUGUGUUCUCGUCAUUUUAAAGACUCCUGCUUUCAGUACAUGACAUCUGGUAAACGGAAACUAAAAGUCAACAGUUUACCCACAGAGUUUCUGCCAGGAACCCCAGUUAAGAAGGGCAAAGUGACCCGGAAGAGAAUGAAA